AUGCACCACCCUCAGCUGUGCAAGGACGAGGGGGUGAAGAUUGUGGUGACCGAUCACGGCGAGGGGGAUCACACCGACUUCAUUAUGAGCGCCAGAGGGUUUGUGAAGUUGGCCAGGCCCAACAUGGCCCGUGAGCUCAUGGCUUAUGGGGUCAUUGAUGUUGAGUAUCGGAGGAUCUCAUGCCAGUAUCCAGGAUACAACAUGAUGCUGAAGAUCAAAGAGCACAGCAAGUUCCCAGAUUACUUAGCAUUAAUCCUCAUUUACCAAGCGGGCAACAAGGAUAUCACUGCGGUCCAAAUGUGGCAGGAGGAGUGCAAAGAAUGGAAGGCGAUGCGACGAGCCUACGGCGGAGUAUGGGACAUCGUCACGCCCCCAAGGGGCCCAAUAAACGUCAGGGUGCUGACAGAGAGCGAGAAUGAGGGCCAGAAUUGGGUGCGGCUCGACGGAGUAAUCCCUUACUAUUGGGAAGCUGGCCUUAUCUAUGACACCACGGUUCAGCUUGCUUAGUUAAUUGUUAACGUUCAGCUAUAUUUAUCUGAGUGGGUUGCUUUUGCUUGGAAUAAAAUUAAGCCAGCUUUUAACA